AUGGCUCGGUUCGGGGACGCGGUGCCGGCGGCGCACGGGGUUCUGGACGGCGGCUCGGAGCGCGGCCGGACCCGGGAGCCCCCCCCUCCUUCCUCCUCCACCGGCGGAGUGUCUCCGGUGUUCAAGCAGACCAAAGCGCAGCGCGCUCGCACCAUGGCCCUGUACAACCCCAUCCCGGUCCGGCAGAACUGCUUCACCCAGAACCGGUCCCUCUUCAUCUUCAGCGAGGACAACCUGGUGCGCAAGUACGCCAAGAGGAUCAUAGAGUGGCCGCCAUUCGAGUACAUGAUCUUAGCCACCAUCAUCGCUAACUGCAUCGUUUUGGCUCUGGAGCAGCAUUUACCUGGAGAGGACAAGACACCCAUGUCAAAGAGGCUGGAGAAAACCGAGCCGUACUUCAUCGGGAUGUUCUGUUUCGAGGCGGGGAUAAAGAUCGUAGCGCUGGGAUUCGUGUUCCACAAAGGCUCGUACCUGAGGAACGGCUGGAACGUCAUGGACUUCAUCGUGGUGCUCAGCGGAAUCCUGGCAACUGCAGAAGCUCACAUGAACAUUCCAGUUGAUCUGAGGACGUUACGAGCUGUUCGGGUUCUGCGUCCCCUCAAACUGGUCUCAGGAAUUCCAAGUCUGCAGAUCGUUUUGAAGUCCAUCAUGAAGGCCAUGGUUCCUCUGCUGCAGAUUGGCUUGUUGUUAUUUUUUGCCAUUUUAAUGUUUGCUAUCAUCGGCCUGGAGUUCUACAGCGGCCGCCUACACAAGACCUGCGUCCCUUUUCCAGAUAUACGGGAGAACGAGACGGUGCCGGACUGGGAGGCGGAGUUCCCGUGUGGAGAUCGUCGAUGUCCCCAUAAGUACAACUGCAGCGGCCCGUGGAUCGGCCCGAACGACGGCAUCACGCAGUUCGACAACAUCCUGUUCGCCGUCCUCACCGUCUUCCAGUGUAUCACCAUGGAGGGCUGGACCACCGUCCUGUACAACGCCAAUGAUGCUUUAGGUCCCACGUGGAACUGGCUGUACUUCAUCCCCCUCAUCAUCAUCGGCUCCUUCUUCGUGCUCAAUCUGGUGCUGGGGGUUCUGUCUGGAGAGUUUGCUAAGGAGAGAGAGCGUGUGGAGAACAGGAGAGCGUUUAUGAAGCUUAGACGUCAGCAGCAGAUUGAAAGAGAACUGAACGGGUAUCGAGCUUGGAUUGACCGAGCAGAGGAGGUGAUGCUGGCAGAGGAGAAUAAAAACUCAGGUCCUUCAGCUCUGGACGUGCUGAAGAGAGCCACCACCAUAAAGAGGAGGGGCGUGGACAGCAUCCGCCACGGGUCUGAGGAGCAGUGUGUGGACAUCGCUUCUGUCGGUGGGCCGAUGAACCGUGUGAGUAUACGCAGCGUGAGACGAGGGCCGGCGGCGUACUUCAGGAGGAAGGAGAGGAUGUUGCGUAUCUCAGUCCGUCGCAUGGUGAAGACACACACCUUCUACUGGACCGUGCUGGGACUCGUGGCCUUAAACACCAUCUGUGUGGCCAUCGUCCAUCACAACCAGCCCGAGUGGCUCUCCAACCUCCUCUAUUACGCAGAGUUUCUGUUCCUGGGUCUGUUCCUGACCGAGAUGUUCCUGAAGAUGUACGGCGUCGGCCCUCGGCUUUACUUUCACUCCUCCUUUAACUGCUUCGACUUUGGAGUGAUCGUCGGCAGUAUCUUCGAGGUGGUCUGGAGUUGCUUCAGACCGGGAAUGAGUUUCGGGAUCAGCGUCCUGCGUGCGCUCCGGCUGCUGCGGAUCUUCAAAAUCACCAAGUACUGGGCGUCUCUGAGGAACCUGGUCGUGUCCUUGAUGAACUCCAUGAAGUCCAUCAUCAGUUUGCUCUUCCUCCUCUUCCUCUUCAUCGUGGUCUUCGCUCUGCUGGGGAUGCAGCUGUUCGGGGGGAGGUUCAUCUUUGAAGAAUACACUCCUACAAACUUUGAUACAUUUCCAGCUGCGAUCAUGACCGUGUUUCAGAUCCUUACAGGGGAGGACUGGAACGAAGUGAUGUACAACGGCAUUCGCUCUCAGGGCGGAGUCAAGUCUGGAAUGUGGUCUUCCAUUUACUUCAUCGUCCUCACGCUGUUCGGAAACUACACACUCCUUAACGUCUUCUUGGCUAUCGCUGUAGACAAUUUAGCCAACGCGCAGGAGCUCACCAAGGAUGAAGAGGAGGAAGAGGAAGCGUUUAAUCAGAAACACGCGCUGCAGAAAGCCAAGGAGGUCGGGCCCAUGUCGUCCUUCAUGUCCUCAGAGAGAGAGAGACGCCGGCGUCUGACCAUGUCCGUGUGGGAGCAGAGGACCAGCCAGCUCCGGCGCCAUCGCCAAACGUCCAGCCGGGAAAUCCUCUACGGCUCGUCCGUUUGCCACCAUCACAAACUGGCUCGCUCCACCGAGAUCUCACACUCCCCGGAGAUCAGCUCCGCGCUCGACCCUCUGGAAUCUCUGGAGCCAUCCAUGGAGGAGCAGAACGUCUCCGCCUCGCUGCCGGAUCCUCCGGGAUCUGAAACUCCAGACACCAAAGAUGUGUGCCAAAACAGCGCGCAGACUCACACAGAGAUCAGCGCCACGGAUCAGCUUCUGCAUCCUCUAGACCCGGCGAAAGAAGAGCAGGACAUCGAUAAUGACCAGGUCUCAGGAAACACCUCUGAGGAACCCCAGGAUAAAAACCACUUGAGCGUGCGGAGGCUGAACGGAGAGCGAAGGCAGCGAGGGACGCGGAAAUACAGCAAGUACAGUAAACAUGGCAAACAUAGGACCUCAGAAACACACCAUCAGAGGCACGACGAGCCAAAUGCGCACGAGCGCAGCCGCUCCGCCAGCCAGGAACGGAGGACAAGGAACGAAGACGAGGAAGAGGACGAGAAGAGAAAAAGUAACAACAAUGGAGGCGUCAAUCAGGAUGAAAGGACCGCUGAGGAGAGAGACCUGGCUGCAGACUCCGAGCCGGCCACGCUCCAAAUCAGCGACAGCACCACGCUGGACUCUGUAGUACCCGGUAAGGCCGCCACUGAGGGAGAAAACAACAACAACCAGGACAAAACAUCACUCAGCACCAACGUAGUAAUCGACGACAUGGACACUGCACCAGGACUGGAGCUCUCCACCAUUACAGCAGCGAACAGUAAAGAACUGGAGGCUUCGAAAUCUGAGAAGGAAGACGAGGAAGCGGCGAAUGGUUCGAGAACUCCGCCAGACAGCAUGUUCAUCUUCAAACCUCACAAUCCGAUCCGCAGGGCGUGUCAUUAUGUCGUUAAUCUGCGUUAUUUUGAAAUGUGUAUCCUGUUGGUCAUCGCUGCGAGCAGCAUCGCUCUGGCGGCUGAAGAUCCUGUGGCCACAAACUCGGACUGGAAUAAAGUGCUGCGCUACUUCGAUUACGUCUUCACUGGAGUUUUCACUUUUGAAAUGAUAAUUAAGAUGAUCGAGCAGGGCCUAAUCCUACAUGAUGGUUCUUAUUUUCGUGAUCUGUGGAACGUUCUGGAUUUCAUCGUGGUGGUUGGAGCGCUGGUGGCAUUUGCUCUUACGAAUGUACUGGGGAAUAAUAAAGGUAGAGACAUUAAAACCAUUAAGUCUCUGCGAGUGCUGCGAGUUCUCCGGCCUCUGAAGACGAUCAAACGACUUCCAAAAUUAAAGGCGGUGUUUGAUUGCGUGGUCACGUCUCUGAAGAACGUCUUUAACAUCCUGAUCGUCUACAAGCUCUUCAUGUUCAUCUUCGCCGUCAUCGCCGUGCAGCUCUUCAAGGGCAAGUUCUUCUACUGCACCGACGGCUCCAAGGACACGGAGAAGGACUGCCAAGGUUACUACAUCGACUACAACAAGGACAAGAAGGAGGUGAAGAAGCGUGAGUGGAAGAGACACGAGUUCCACUACGAUAAUGUGAUCUGGGCGUUACUCACACUCUUCACCGUGUCUACAGGAGAAGGCUGGCCUCAAGUCCUCCAGCACUCGGUGGACGUGACAGACGAGGAUCAGGGUCCGAGUCGAGGGAACCGGAUGGAGAUGUCCAUCUUCUACGUCAUUUAUUUUGUAGUUUUUCCUUUUUUCUUCGUCAACAUCUUUGUCGCUCUCAUCAUCAUCACCUUCCAGGAGCAGGGAGACAAGAUGAUGGAGGAGUGCAGCCUGGAGAAGAACGAGAGGGCGUGUAUCGACUUUGCUAUCAGUGCUAAGCCGCUAACGCGCUACAUGCCGCAGAACCGCCACACGGUCCAGUAUCGACUCUGGCACUUUGUGGUGUCGCCCUCGUUUGAGUACACAGUGCUGACCAUGAUCACACUCAACACCAUCGUCCUCAUGAUGAAGUAUUAUUCGGCUCCUCCUGUAUACGACGCCGUACUGAAGCACCUCAACACCGCCUUCACCGUGCUCUUCUCCAUCGAGUGUGUUCUCAAGAUCUUGGCAUUCGGUUUUGUGAAUUAUUUCAGAGACACGUGGAAUAUCUUCGAUUUCAUCACCGUCCUGGGGAGCAUCACAGAAAUUGUAGUCGACCAGCAGUCAGCUUCCUUUAACAUGAGCUUUUUGAAGCUGUUCCGAGCGGCUCGGCUCAUAAAGCUGCUCAGACAGGGGUACACCAUCCGCAUCCUCCUCUGGACCUUCGUCCAGUCCUUCAAGGCAUUGCCAUAUGUGUGUUUGCUCAUCGCCAUGCUCUUCUUCAUCUACGCCAUUAUCGGCAUGCAGGUUUUUGGGAACAUCAAGCUAAACGAGGAAACUCACAUCAACCAACACAACAACUUUAAAACCUUCUUUGGUGCCUUGAUGUUGCUGUUUAGGAGUGCGACGGGCGAGUCAUGGCAGGAAAUCAUGCUGUCGUGUUUAGGAGGUCAGGACUGUGAAGCCGACCCGUCUCUCACGCUGACCUCUGACCCUGACGGAGGAUGUGGCACUGACUUCGCGUACUUCUACUUCGUCUCUUUCAUCUUCUUUAGCUCCUUCCUGAUGUUGAAUUUGUUUGUGGCCGUGAUUAUGGAUAAUUUCGAGUAUUUGACACGCGACUCCUCCAUUCUUGGUCCUCAUCACCUGGACGAGUUUGUGAGGAUGUGGGGACAAUACGACCGAGCGGCCUGCGGCAGGAUUCACUAUAAGGACAUGUACAAAGUAGUGCGCACUAUAUCGCCCCCUCUGGGCUUUGGGAAGAACUGCCCCCACAGGGUGGCAUGCAAGAGGCUGGUGCUGAUGAACAUGCCGGUGGACGCGGAGAUGACGGUUCACUUCACGUCCACUCUGAUGGCUCUGAUCCGCACUGCACUGGAGAUCAAGAUCGCACGAGGCGGAGAAGACCGUGGACAGAUGGACAUUGAGCUUCAGAAAGAGAUCAGCAUCAUUUGGCCGCAUCUCUCGCAGAAGUCACUUGAUCUGCUCGUUCCAAUUAAUAAAGCGAGCGACAUGACGAUCGGGAAAAUCUACGCCGCCAUGAUGAUCAUGGAUUACUACAAACAGAACAAAGCUAAAAAACUCCGACAGCAGCUGGAGGAACAAAAACACGCCCCGAUGUUCCAGCGCAUGGACGCCUCGUCGUUACCGCAGGAAAUCCUGUGCAGCGCUAAAGCUCUUCCGUUCCUCACACACAGCGCAGGGAACGCUCUGACGAGGGGCGGGUUCGUGGCGUUGAGUCCCAUCUCUCCUCAGGAGCUCUUCAUGCAGCCGGUCACACCCGAGCAGGGGGAGGAGCCAGAGGAGGAGGAGGAGGAGGAGGAGUACACACCCCACUACAGACCGCAGCACUCACCUGAGACGGUGACCUCCGAGAACAAACUGAUGAAGCGCUCGUUCUCCACCAUCGGAGAUCAGUGUGUGAACGGAGUCUGGCAGGAGGAGUUCUCGCUGGAGAGAGUGAGUCCGGACCGGCUGGAGAGACCGCGACAGCGCAGCUUCAGAGGUGUCAGGGCGAACCUUAGAGAGCCGAUGUGUAAGGAGAGAGGACGCUCGAAGGAGAGGAAACACCUGCUGUCACCUGAUCCAUCACGCUGCAACUCUGAGGAGAGAAACCAACCGAGGACACACGACACGCCGCAGACACACACACGCUCACCGAGCGAGGGGAGAACACACACACAGGGCGACGCUUCAGAAAGCCCACUUGCCUCCUCCUCCUCGGACUCCAGAGGGCGGCGCCAGCUUCCUCCAACGCCCUCCAGGCCCCGCCCACACAUCUCCUAUUCACCUCUGGUGUGCCGCAGCCACCUGACCACAGAGGACGGCCAAUCACGGACGCAGUCAGCCAUAGAGGGGGUGGGGUCUGUGAUAAGCCCCGCCUCCCCACAGCGCUACACCUCGGAGCCAUAUCUGCCUCUGCACGACGACUCCAACAGUCCAGAGGAGAUGCUAACAUUUGAAGCUGCCAUAGCAACCAGUCGAGGGCGUGGCCAUGUCGUUAGCUCCGCCCCGCAGUUGCGGCACACAUGGCAGAUGCCAAACGGGCAUUUCCGAAAAGGCUGCGAGCUGCUCAGUGACACGGACGAGGACGACCGCUGCUAAAAGACAGUGGGGUGGAAGUGGGCGGAGCCUCGACACAAGCCAAUCAAGUCUGGACAUUUGUUACUGGCGAAUUGUCCGGGACAUUUCAGAAGUGCACUGCCAAAAACGUAACGAGCCGGAGACGUCGCUCGUCUGACUCCACAGAAAUAACAAGAGCGGAGCUCGCGUUCCAUUUAAUUUAGCCAAUCGCUAACUUAAUCAUGUGACAUCACCACAGGAGUUUAGCUAACGGCUGCUAACUUGCUAGCAAACGUCCGCUGGAUUAAAUUACACAUGCAGUUAAAACAUUAAUGAAACGUUAGCUUGUGAUGCUAAGCUGCUAAUUACAGUCAGACACGCUAACGUUAGCUAGCUGUGUAAAUAAACACAACAUCUAAAUAAGAUGAUGUCACACGAUCAACAGCUAUUGGCCAAGGAAAUGAAGCGGAAGCUCCGCCCUCGCUGACCUGGGGAUAAUGAUAAAAAGGGCGGAAAGAAGAAAGAGAACAGAGAGAUGGAGAGAAAGAGAGGCGGAGCAAAAGUGAUGAGAGAGGGAAAACAAAAUAACAAGAACAAAUGAAACGCAGUAGUGCUCAGGGGAAAAAGAAAGAGAAAGAAAGACGGAAAGGAACAAAAAGGAGAACACAAUAAAAAAGGGAAGAAGUGGAAAUGAAGAACGCUGAUGAAAAUGAUGAAGGGAAGCAGAAGGUCAGAGGGGAGGAAAGAUCAAAACUCACAAACGAAAUAAAGGAAGGAUGGAGAGAAACUAAAUGAAAGAGAGAGGCAGGUGUUGAGCAGUGUUCAGCAGGACACGUGUGUGUAUGUGUGUGUGUGUGUGUGUGUGUGUGUGUGUGUGUGUGUGUGUGUGUGACGGAACAGGAUGAGAACUGGGAUGAAGCUCUGAUGUUCCUCCUGAAACUCACUCAGGAUCUCAGACACUAAACCAGCAGCCAGUUAAUCUAGGAGUGUGUGUGUGUGUGUGUGUGUGUGUGUGUGUGUGUGUGUGUAAGUAUAGGUGUGUGUGUGUGUGUAGUAGAGAUGGGAACUAAUCAAUUCAGUUAUGUAUUGUGAUUUCUUUGUGUGCUGAUUCGUAUAUCACACACUGACCCCAAAAUAAAAUUUUAAAACCACACACACACACACACACACACUCACACACACACACACUACCCAGUGGUCAGCUGACUUCAUUUUAUUGCCCCAUAACGUUACUGAGUCUAGACCUGAGUAACUGAUCAACCCCAGAUCAUAACACUGUCUCCAGAGGCUUGUACAGUGGACACUAUGCAUGAUGGGAGCAUCGCUUCAUGUCCUUCCCUUCUCACCCUGACACGCCCAUCACUCUGGAAUAGGGACUCGUCAGGUCACAUGACCUUUUUCCAUCACUCCAAAGUCCAGUCUUUCACUAAUAAACAUGGCCGUAUUUAACACUGCGUCCUCAGGGUGAAAUAACGUGUUACAGCUGAAACGCAUUGAUCACUGCAGUAGUUAUAGUAGUUAUGGGCGGAGUUAAUUAUUGGCUUAGUUUGUUUAGAAUUGUAACAAAAUCUGAAACAAAUUAAUAGUGAAUCAGGAUACAAAUGAAAUCAGCACAAAGGAAUCCGGUAAUGCUGGACGCUGGUGACUCCCAUCUCUAGUGUGGAGUGUGUGUAUAGUGUGUGUACAAUGACUGUGUGUUUGUGUGUGUUUAGUGUGUGUGUGUGGUGUAUAUAAUGAGUGUGUGUGUGUGUGUGUGUGCUGCAGUGUUUUUAUAGUGUUUGAGUAAGUGUGUGUGUGGUGUGAGUAGAGUAUAUGUGUGUGUAUGUACGGUGAGUGUGUGUAUAUUGUGUAUAAUGUGUGUAUAGUAUGUGCGUGUGUGUGUGUGUGUGUGUGUGUU